GGAAGAAGUUGUUCUGGUUAGAAGGGGAACGAAAGAUGGCGGCGGAAACGCUGCUGUCCAGUCUGCUGGGGCUGCUGCUCCUGGGGCUCCUGCUACCCGCGAGUCUGACCGGCGGUGUCGGCAGCCUGAACCUAGAGGAGCUGAGUGAGAUGCGUUAUGGGAUCGAGAUCCUGCCGUUGCCUGUCAUGGGAGGGCAGAGCCAAGCUUCGGACGUGGUGAUUGUCUCCUCUAAGUACAAACAGCGCUAUGAAUGUCGCCUGCCAGCUGGAGCUAUUCACUUCCAGCGUGAAAGGGAGGAGGAGGCACCUGCUUAUCAAGGGCCUGGGAUCCCUGAAUUGUUGAGCCCAAUGAAAGAUGCCCCCUGCUUGCUGAAGACCAAGGACUGGUGGACAUAUGAAUUCUGUUACGGACGCCACAUCCAGCAGUACCACAUGGAAGAUUCAGAGAUCAAAGGUGAAGUCCUCUAUCUUGGCUACUACCAAUCGGCCUUCGACUGGGACGAUGAAACAGCCAAGGCCUCCAAGCAGCAUCGCCUGAAACGCUACCACAGCCAGACCUAUGGCAAUGGGUCCAAGUGCGACCUCAAUGGAAGGCCCCGGGAGGCCGAAGUUAGGUUCCUCUGUGAUGAAGGCGCUGGUAUUUCUGGGGACUACAUUGAUCGCGUGGAUGAGCCCUUGUCCUGCUCGUAUGUGCUGACCAUUCGGACUCCUCGGCUCUGCCCUCACCCUCUCCUCCGGCCCCCACCCAGUGCUGCUCCCCAGGCCAUUCUCUGUCACCCUGCCCUGCAGCCUGAGGAGUACAUGGCCUACAUUCAGAGGCAAGCUGUAGACUCAAAGCAACACGGAGACAGGGCUACAGGGGAGCUGCACGGCCUGGACCCUCAGACGUGGAGUGAGACCAACCCUGGGGUGGUGCCCCCGAGGAAAGGGGGUGCAGGGCCAGCCAAGGAUGACAACAAGGAAGCAGAUUUCUGGAAGAUGCUCCACGAGCGAGAGGAACAGGCACCUGAAGGGGAGGAGGUACAGGCUGAGGAGCAGGAACCAAACCUGGACGCAGCAGACCCAGCGCCAGGCUCUCCCGAUGAUUUUCAGAACAACGUGCAGGUCAAAGUUAUUCGGAGCCCCGCAGACUUGAUUCGAUUGAUAGAGGAGCUGAAGGGUGGAACAAGAAAGGGGAAGCCCAACUCCGGCCAAGAGCAGCCUGCAGACUAUGCUGCAGAAGCCCCUUCCAGGGAACCAGAGGUGAAGGAGAAGGGUGACCCCGAGCAUCAGAACGAGGUGGAAGAAGAGGAGGACGACGAUGAGGAUGAAGACGAAGAUGAGGAUGAGCGGCAGUUGCUGGGAGAAUUUGAGAAGGAACUGGAAGGGAUACUGCUCCCGUCGGACCGAGACCGGCUCCGUGCGGAGGUGAAGGCUGGCAUGGAGCGGGAGCUGGAGAACAUCAUCCAGGAGACAGAGAAGGAGCUGGACCCGGAGGGGCUGAAGAAGGAGUCAGAGCGUGAUCGGGCUAUGCUGGCACUGACUUCCACUCUCAACAAACUCAUCAAAAGGCUGGAGGAAAAACAGAGUCCAGAGCUGGUGAAGAAGCACCAGAAGAGGAGGGUUGUCCCCAAAAAGCCUCCCCCGUCCCCCCAACCAGCAGAGGAGGAUCCUGAGCACAGAGUCCGGGUCCGGGUCACCAAGCUCCGUCACGGAGGCCCCAAUCAGGAUCUGACUGUCCUCGAGAUGAAACGGGAAAACCCACAGCUGAAACAAAUCGAGGGGCUGGUGAAGGAGCUGCUGGAGAGGGAGGGACUCACAGCCGAAGGGAAAAUUGAGAUCAAGAUUGUCCGACCAGGGACUGAAGGGACUGAGGAGGAUGCUCGUUGGCUGACUGAUGAGGACACAAAAAACCUCAAGGAGAUUUUCUUCAAUAUCCUGGUGCAGGGAGCUGAGGAGGCGCAGAAGGAGCGGCAGCGGCAGAAAGAGCUGGAGAGGAAUUACCGCCGGGUGUGGGGCUCUCGGGGCGGGGAGGGCACUGGGGACCUGGAUGAGUUUGACUUCUGAGACCACCACCAUGGGCUCGCAAAAGAGCCCAGAGUCUUCCUAGACUGGCCCUGCCGCCACCCCCCACCCCAUCUCCCAGGGCCCUAAAGGCGAAACAGCAGAGGAGAGCCGAGCUGUGAGCUGCGAGCUGCGAGCUGUGAGCUGCGACUGAGGCCCAGCUGAGGGCGUGGGGGGCCACGGGGUGAGGGCUGCUGCUGCUGCUGCUGAGGGCCGCCCUCAAGAUGUGCUCUCCCAGGCUUCUCCCCACACCUGCUUCCCUCCCUCCCUGGCUUCCCCUGUUGUUGUCCCCAGUCCCCCAACUUGUGGGUUCCUUUCCCCUCGCCACCUAGAGCAUCGUGAGCAUUUUGGAGUGGAGUAGAGCUGGGGAGCAAGGAGAGCCGGGCAGUUCAGCAGGCCCCCACCCCACUGCUUUUCGCACUCUCCUUCCCCGUCCCCUCGGAUUGGCUUUGACUGUCCUGCCCCAUUGCCUUCCCAUGCUGUUCCCUACAUCUUCUGAGUUGAGGCACCUUCCCUCUGUUGCUGAGAAAAUGGGAAGAAAGUUGCCCACCACCUCUGACACAGUCCCAUGAAAAGGGUAGGUUACAGACCCAGCCACCAUCCAUGUUCUUGGAAGAAUCAGGUUUCUAAAUAAAGAACUGGACCAU